AUGAAUGGAGCGGCGGCGCUGCCUUCUCCUCCAUCCAGCCCCCUUUCACUUCGGUUUAAUCCCGUCGCCAGGCAGCUCCCGCCUCCCGAGCCUCGGAUUGGCUUCGUGCGGGCUCCUGCUCCGCCCUCUCGCGGUGACAUCGCCGCUGGCUGGAGGGCGAGCGCGCACAGAGCUGGGGAGGAGAAGGCGGAGAGGGGCGCGACGACGGACGCCUUUCCCCCAUCUCGGCUGGCGGCGGCGGCGGGGCCCGGAGGACCCGAGGGAGCCGCUGCCGCGCACUCAGCUCGCGAAAGCGGGACAGCCCCGGCGGAACCGCCACCGCAGAUCCCUCCAUGUAAGUAAGGAGGGCGUCUCGGGACUGCGCCGGCCGGGGACAGAUUGGAGACGGAUGAAUGGGCGGCUGGCGGCGUUGUCUGUCUCCCUGGCUGCAGCCGUGCGCCUUUCUCUGCCUGCUGCGCCCGCGUGCCUCUACCGCUCCUGAGCAUGCAUGCUCGCCCGGGUAGGGAGGUCGGCGUGGAUCUCGACCUGCGCCCCGUCAGAUCUGCGCUGUGUGAGCCUUGGCUGCCUGCAUUCGCCCGUGCGAUUUACUUCUCCUCCUUUUCCUUCCUCCUACGGGGAGCUGGCGUUGCGCGUGUGCCUUGCCUGCCUCUCACUCCGCAGCACAUCAUCUCGGCACUUGGCCGUUUCUCUGCACCUGCUUGAGGCUCCCAGUCCUCGGCAUGCUGGCCCGAGGGGGAGGAGUGUAAACACGCAUAGCAGGAUCAGCGUUGUGCAAUCCUCCCUCUCCCCCUCUCCAAAAGGGAUCUGCAUAAUCGCCUGUGCGAAUGUGUGCCCGGUGCGUGGAGAGGGUGUGUGAAUGGCUCGAACCUGUAUGAAUAGGUGCACAGGUGUGCCUGAGUCGCCGCGGCCAUUGUCUGCGCAACGCGCUGCACUUCUGCCUGCGUGUGAUUGUAUCUGACCCAUGCACAUACUUGCGCACUGUGCAUGCCUUGGAGCAGGAUGCCAUGUCUGGAAGGGCUGCGUAAAAAGUGGCACAUGCCUUUCUUUGCCUCUCUGCAGCUGGGGAGGAGAGACACGUUGCCAAAUAUGCCUGCCUCUGCCCUGGCUCUCUGUCUGUACAGAGAAAAAAGAUAAAUGAUGCAUGUCUGAGUGAAGAAAUGGGCAUAGAUCUUGCUCUUCCCUGUGCAUUGAUGUGCGCUUAUCUCCAAGCAAAUGUACAUGUGUCGAGCCAUGAUGAUGCUAAGCGUGUGGUUAUCACUGUCACCUGCCUGCAGCUGUCUGUGAUGUUAUGCAAUUGUUUUGUAGGCAUGAACCUGUCUCUAUCAGUAGGUCUAUUGUAGUUCUUCCAUGUGAAGGUACAAGUGCAUAUGUGAAGCUACCCGUGUGGCUGUCUCUUUGCCUACUUGUUGAAUGUAUUCGUUUCUGUUGGUGCCUGUUUCCGUGUAGCGGUUGUCCUCAUAUGGGUGAAUUUAGGAUCUUUCCAAAUGAUUCUAUAACGCUCUACCUUUGCAAAGCUCUAACCCAUGCAUAUGGACAGACAUACAUUAUAUAUAUAUAUAUAUAUAUAUAUAUAUAUAUAUAUAUAUAUCUCCUUUUAAUACCUGUUGUGGAAUGGUGUUGUGGAACAAGUGGGGGGGGGGCGACACUUGUUGUAAAAGGGAGAGCUGAGAAAGUGGGAAUUUUUAAAAUGAAUAUAUAAAAAAGACACAUACUACCAAUAAUAAGGGAGGGAAGCCCAUUUAGUCUCUUUGGGCAAGCCAGCCUUUUCCAUCCAAGUAUUGCUUCUUUUUUUACUCAUUUCCUCAAUAUUCAAAUCACACUACUUUGGGUGUUUGGUGAAAACAGGAUUCUUCCACUUUGUAGCAUUAUUAUGGAUAAUCUGUUGUAAUUGCACACUCAUCAUGGGCACUGAUUGGACUGUGCUGAUGUCGUGUUUUCUCCUUACACACACACACGCUCCCCCACCAUAUACCAUUUAAAAACUCCUCUCACCUUCCUUUUCUGGGGGCGAAAUAAUAAUUGCUUACCUGAGGUUUUUUUAAUACCAGCACAGAUGAUUCAUCCAGCGAGAUUAAAAAAUAAUAAGAAUCAGGCAGAUUUCCAGUUGCUCCAUUCCACUCGGUGCUUCCAUUCAUGGGCAGCCUGUUAGCCACUGCAGCAGCCUCCCUUUCUGCUUCCUCCGGAUACAGGCAAACAGCAGGAUGGCACUUUUGCAUUGUACCUCCCUGCAGUCACCCCUAUCCACCACACUCCUACCCCUAAAGGGGAACAUGCCGUCAGCAAUUUCUGCUGCAAACAAUUAGCACGAAUGCUGCAAUUGGUGGGCAAAUGGGGCACGUGAGGGGUGUGUGUGUGUUGGUCUAGAAUAUUGCAUUAUCACUGGCUCUGUGUGUAUCUGUGUAGAUGACCCCUAUGCCUGGUUCUGUAGAGGGGUGUGCGCCUAUCUGUUUACAUCCCUGCGAUGAUGGCAUUUGCCUUGGGUAGCGCUGAGUCUCUUCCUGCCUGCCUCUUCUGCGUAUGCAGCGCUCCAUUUACCAGAUACAAAGGUUUCGAUGGAGAGUUUAUUGACGUCUCUGGCCUUCCCCUGUCUGAAAAUACAGGGGGAUUUGAUGGGAAGCCCAAGACGUUGUUGAAUUACAACUCCGUUUUCACCCCGUUGUCCAUGUUUACUGUGGCUCAUGGAAGUGCAACAUCAUCUGCUGGGCCACAGGUUUCACAUCCCUGGGAUGGGGAUGCAGUAGAGUAGCUACAAGGGAAGCGGAGUCUGUAGUUCCAUAUUAAAGUCCUUGCGUUCUUCAAUCCCCUGCAACUCCAGUUUCUUUCUUUUUUUAAAAAUGUCAGGUAGUAGGGUCCCGCCUGAGACCUUACAGAGCGGCUGCCGUUCAGAGAAGCCAGGUCCUUGUCUCUUAACCUUGUAGCAGCUUGUAGGGUAUGAAUUUCCAGGCAGGCAGCAGCCGUGCUAGUCUGUUGGAGCAAAGCCAAACCCAGAGUCCUGUGACACCUUCAAGACUGGCACCUUUUCCAUCAGCUGUCGCUGCCCACCUGCCAUUUCUUCGUAUGCAAAGCUGUAUUUAGUUGCCUGCAGUGCUGUUUUGCUAGAAAAAGAGGUGCCGGAACUCACCACGAACUCCUCUCUUGUUCUCUUAUAGUGACAACCUCUCACCACCUGAGAUGUGCCAGAACUGAGUUCCGGUGAGUUCUGGCUGGGGGGAAAGAAGCCCUGGUUGUCUGGCUUGCCUUGUCUUUCUUACUUUACCUAAUGUAAAGCCUGAUGAAGCGGACUUUACUCCAUGGUCGUUUAUACCAUAAUAAAGCUUGUUAGUCUUUAAAGUGCUGCAAUACUCUUGCUUAAAGGUAACGGUUGGUCAACUGGCAGCCUGAGAUCCCAGUUUGUCCCCUCUGGCCCCCUGCAGCAAGAUCUCUGACCCAGUGGUGUCUCUUUGCAUUCCCUGGGCAUGUGUACUGUUUUCUCCUUAACCUCUUCCUCCCCAGAGUGAUCAACAGCAAAAUUGAAAAGCGCUCUCUCUCUCUCUCUCUCUCUCUCUCUCACACACACACACACACACAUGCGCACACACAUGCGCCCACACACACAGAGGUUUGAUCCAGAGAGUUGCAGGGUUAUCCCCUUCUUAUGCACCUCAACUGCUCUCUGUUAUGUGAAAGCCAAGAAGCGUGCAAAACAGUUGUAUGGUGGUACCUUGGGUUAAGUACUUAAUUCGUUCCGGAGGUCCGUUCUUAACCUGAAACUGUUCUUAACUUGAAGCACCACUUUAGCUAAUGGGGCCUCCUGCUGCCGCCGCACCGCUGGAGCACAAUUUCUGUUCUUAUCCUUAUUAUUCAGGUUAAGAAGCACUAUUUCUGGGUUAGCGGAGUCUGUAACCUGAAGCAUGUGUAACCUGAAGCGAAUGUAACAUGAGGUACCACUGUAAUUAACUAUCGUGCAGAAGGGGAGAACUCUCUUGCCGGUGCCUUGGCAUGGCAGGACCAGGUGAUUUAACACAUUACAUAUCCCUCACCCUAUCAGAGCAUCCUGGAUUUGCCUGCAUCCUAUGCAGGCUGCCUUCAAGCUGUCUCUGUUUUGCAGGAGGGAUUCAAACUCAUACCCAAAACUUAGGUUUGUGCAGUUAAAGCAAAGUAAACCACUGUUUCACCCUAGUACAACAAAUCCAUUUCCCCCAGACUUUUUGCACAUGGACACAAGCACAUGUUGGGAGAGACUGAGACAUUUCCACUGUGCAGUGGGAGUGGAACCAGUAUGUUGGUCCUUCAGCACUUGCUCAAGUCAACAUGGGACUAAUAAUAAUAAUAAUAAUAUGCUGACCAUGGAUGUAGGCUUCAACUCCAGGCAGUUUUGUGAAGAGGAAUCUGCAAUUAUACAACACUGACUCAUGAACACCAGACCCGGCCCUUCCAUGUUAAGCUCUGUAGGUGCUGUGCUUGGCUUGCGUUUCAGAGUUGCAUUUUGGCACUUAGCUAUCUCGGUUGGAUGAUUCCGCACUUAGGUUGCCUGCGGCGUAGUGCUGCUGUUUCUCCUGGUAGGAGGAAGUGUCAUUCGAUGGCAUCAUGUGUCAAUUCAUCUAAAUGCAGGCUGAUGUAAAAUGGGCUGUGAAUGUUGCCGUUUUUAACGAUAGCCGUGACGCAAAUAUUUCUGCCCAGGUGGGAGAAGCCUGGCUAUAUGAUGAAGAAAGAGAUUAGGAACGACUCACUAAAAUCACCCCUGACUAUUGACCAUGCUAGCUAGACCUGGUUGGGAGUUGCAGUCCAACAAGAACAUGUGGAAAAAAGUUCUGCAUCCCUGUUAUUAGAGGGCAGAGUCUCCCUCUGCAGUUUGGACAGCAUUGGUGUGGGUCUGGAUCUGGCUGGGAAGCAGUUAGAAUUGCUGGAUCAGACCAAUGUCCCAUGUAGCUCAGCAUUCUGUCGUCACAGUAGACAACUAGGUGCCCUUGUGAAGCCCCCGUGCAGGACAGGCGUGCAACAACAUUCUCCCCACUUGUGAACCCCAUCUUUGUUAUUCAGAGGCAUUUUGCCUCCAACAUAGCAGGUGGCGCUGUGGGUUAAACCACAGAGCCUAGGGCUUGCCGAUCAGAAGGUUGGCGGUUCAAAUCCCUGUGACGGGUUGAGCUCCCGUUGCUCGGUCCCUGCUCCUGCCCACCUAGCAGUUCGAAAGCACGUCAAAGUGUAAGUAGAUAAAUAGCUACCACUCUGGCGGGAAGGUAAACGGCGUUUCCGUGCACUGCUCUGGUUCACCAGAAGCGGCUUAGUCAUGCUGGCCACAUGACGUGGAAAAACUAUCUGCGGACAAACAUCGGCUCCCUCGGCCAGUAAAGUGAGAUGAGCGCACAACACCAGAGUCGUCCGCGACUGGACCUAUCUCUGAGUGGUGUGAGAUCCCCGGGGUUCCGGGCCUGCUUACUCAAGGUCCGUGUUUCUUUUUGGGAACGAGGCACAGCGGCGUCUACAGUGUCUUUAUGAUAUGAUGCAACCUGAUCCUACAACGCAGGGCCUCCCAGCAUCGACACUCCAAGAGAGUCUUGCUUCUCCCCUAGUGGUAGCCUUGGAUUCAAAAAGACACCAGCUGUGGUUCUCGGCAGCUUGCUGACUUUUACAGACUGCAACCUUUCCCCCCUAAGGCACCUCACAGCCAGUUCUGAAACUUUACUUUGAACUCUGCUUUGGCUUUCCGAAUGGCUCGUUACCUUUCCUUUGUUCUUCUUAAUGGCUCGUCUCCCAGGCAAUUUCCUGCCACGGGAAGCUGUCCUGGCUCAUAUUGUAAUACUUGCUAAAUCCAGUGUCUGGCAUCCAGUUUUAACACUCCAAGCAUUGAUUAAAUUCUAACAUUUACUGAAUCCAGGAAUUUAGGGUGUCCAGCACUCAAAAACUCCUAACAAUAUAUUUUGGAAAGUUGUUUCUCUGUGCAUUUGCACACCUCUUAAGAUAUUGUGGCUACAUUUGAAUGUAUUUCUUGUACACAUCGGUUUCAUGUAGAUACCUAUUUGAACCUUUGGAGGGCUUAUAUUAACAUAUAUGUUUAACUAAGGAUGGCCGCACUUACGGUUAUUGCAUGCUUAAUGUGAGCUGAUGGUUUUUUGUUGUUCAUAUAUUAUUUAUUUUUCUUUCUCUCAUUUAUUUAUUUAUUUCUUCUGCUUCUCUCUCUCUCUCGGCCCCCCCCCCCCCCAGUUUGUUAAAUUUUCAAAUAACAAAGGGUAUCUUAAUCAAAUUUUCCACGGUGGUUCCUGGGAUCAAGGAGCAGUUUUUUGGCCUGGAAUUGGAUACAGUUGGAUACCAUUUUGUCCUAAGAUGGCAGACUGAACCUUUCAAAAACUGCACUGCUUUUAACAAUUGAUUUCAAAACUUCACUGGUUUUGUUGUUUGUUUGUUUGUUAGAAUUCCUUAGCACUUCCAUCAACGAACAUAAUGGAUGCAGCUCCAUCAAUGAACAGCUGACCUGAUUGUAGGUAGUGUGGAAAGGCAGUGACUCCAAUCCUUGAAGUUCGCAGGCAGUUAUAUCAGUUGUGCCGACUACCAGGAGCAUGUGGGCACAUUUAAAACUAGUGCGCCAGCUCCGCCUGUUCCUGGAGAUGUCUGCUCUGGCCAUGGUGACAGUUACACCCUGUUUGGAUUUAUGACACAAGAGAGGGCCUUCUUGGCAACUGCUUUCCGAUUGUGCAAUGCCCUUCUAUGACAGGAUAACCUGGCUCUCUCUCUCUCUCUCUCUCUCUCUCUCUCUCUCUCUCUCUGCUGUCCUUUUCCUGGCAGGGAAAUACUCUUUUUCUUUUCUUGUUCCGAAGGCCUUUCGGCCACUAAUUGUCUGUUGUGGUAGGGUCUUCAGAGGCGCGUGGUGUUAUACUUUUAUUUUUCUUAAGUGUUCUCAGUGCUUUUAAAUAGGGUUACUUAUUCAAUUGCUUCCUAGUAUUCAUAUUUCUUGUAUAUGUUCUUAGUUAUAUCUGUUUUCAUUUAUUUCGUGAGCUGCCUUGGGUCCUCUUGCCUCUUUAACACCUGUGUUGUCCACCCAGAGCCAGACAACAUAUUAAAGAAAGACUCAUGGUACAGACCCCCUGAAGUGGUACAGUGGAACCUCGGUUGUCGAAUGUAAUCCAUUCUGGAAGACCCUUCAACUUCCAAAAUGUUCGACAACUGAGGCGCAAUGGGUGGUCAGAAAAUUCAGUUGAGAAAAUUGAGAAACGUGCCUCAGAAGCCGUUCGAUUUCUGAGGUGCGUUUGAAAACAGAAGCAAUUACAGUGGUACCUCAGGUUACAGGUGCUUCAGGUUACAGACUCCACUAACUCAGAAAUAGUACCUCGGGUUAAGAACUUUGCUUCAGGGUGAGAACAGAAAUCGCACGGCGGUGGCACAGCGGCAGCGGGAGGCCCCAUUAGCUAAAGUGGUGUCUCAGGUUAAAACAGUUUCAGGCUAAGAACGGAUCUCCAGAACAAAUUAAGUUCUUAACCUGAGGUACCACUGUACUUCCAGGUUUUUGGCGUUCGAAAACCAAAACGUUCGGCUUCCGAGAUGCUUGAAAACCGAGGUUUCACUGUACCAGUUCAGAAUUGCAUGUUUUGAAUGCUUCCCUGUGCUUUUAACAAACCUUUCUUCCCCCCCUUGUGGAAAGAUAACAUAGCACAGCCUUCACCAACCUAGUGCCUUCCAGAAAGAUGUUUUGGACUACCACUUGCAUCAACCCCAGCAUCGUAUGACAAGAGUGGCCCAAGAACAGGCCUGCUGACAUCAGGCCAAGUGGUCCAUCUAUUCCAGCAUCUUGUUCUCCCAACCUCUGGGAAGCCAACAAGCAAGACCUGAGCACAAGCGCCCCUUCCCCUCUUACUGUUUUCAGCAACUGAUAUUCAGAGACUCUGACAAUUGGAGAAGGAUAAAGUAGCGUCACCUUCCCUCUCAAUCCCUAACAUGCCAACUUUCCCAGGGAGGGAGAGAAGACCUAAACCGGGAAGAGAACAGGGGUACAAAUGUUCUCUUAAAAAAAUAAGAGGACGAACAUCCUAACCCCAUUUGACUGGGUGAAUGCUACAGAAAUAAGAUUUGACUUCCUCCCCCCGAUGUGCUUCUGUCUGCUACAGUGAGCAGAGCUGUUUUCACUUCAGAAAACAGAGCCAAGAGGAACUUCAGGUGGCCUCACAUGACUCGGGUGAAUGUGGCCUUCCUUUGGAGGAAGGGAACAGCAUUACGUAAUUCUCUUCUUAAAAUGUUUGUUAACGGUAGAUCACAUCCAGCGUUAAAUCAUACUUUGAGUAGGCGUUUGGGAAUGAGUGGGUAUGACUAAUUUAGGUCCAUUAAUUUCAGUAGGCUUCCUCCGAGUACAACGUAGGCUGCAUUAUCCACUAUAUUUUUUAGAGCACAUUCAAAGCACAUUCUUUCCCCUCGAAGAAUUAUGGGUACUGUAGUUUGUUAAGGGCAGCUGGGAAUUGUAACCCUGUGAGGGGUAAAUGACAGUGCCCAGAAUUCUCUGAGGUAAAGACUGUACCUUAAAUGUGCUUUUAAGGUAUUAGUGUGUACACAGCCUCAGUUGGCUGCAACCCAGUAGAUUUUAUUGUGUUUUGACUGAUAACCUAGAUCUCCUCCAGGCAACAUGUUUGUUGAGUAUUAAUCCUGUUUUGCUUGUGCGAAGCAGACAUUAGAAAAUGCCCAGUCUUUAUUGAACUGAUUUGUUUGCAGGGAUCCAUUUUCACCUUGAAUUGCUUGUGCGGCUUCCCAUUAAUGUCUUUCCCAUCACUUUCCUAACAGCAAAAAAGGCCAAUCUUUAACAAGUGAGUUUAUUGCGCCAGAGUCAUGGAACGUUUUAGUCCGCUUCAAGUGCGCAAACCCAAGUGCCUGAUGUGAUGGAAAUCCCACCCUGAAAAGACUGACGUUCUGGAGGCAGCCCUUGUCUUCAGCAUCAGGCAUAAGGAGCAGAAGUGAAUCAGAGGCCUUGUCCACACUUCCUCCUCCGCUCCCACUGUUUUCCCUCAGAGAAAGCUGCUCUUUAGCACUCAGUCAGAGCAAAUGGCAAUUCGGGUUUUCUCCGGAUUGACGUUUGCUCCGAUUUAGCACUAAAUGAUGGGUUUUCUGUGGGAAAGGUGCGGGCGGAAGCGGAAAACCACUCAGGGCACAGGGCAAGUGGGAAUGUGGAUGAGCCCAGAGUAAGUCUUUCAAGUGAAAUGGACAUACUCCUGCUUAGCCUUUCCGGAAACCUCCAAAUGCUGCUCGCUUUAAAGUUGAACACGGUAGCUCACAUCGCAGCACGAAGGCUAGGCCCUAAGUCAGCCAUUGCCAACUUAGAUGUUGGCUGAGGAGAAGUUGCACUCCAUAUCAUAUCUAGAGGGCAUGAGGUUGGAGAAGGCUGCUUUGAGGGUGUGUGUGUUUGUGUGUUGCGCAUGAGUGUGCAAAAGUAGGGGCAAGCCUGGCCCCUUGGGAGAUGGAGGUUGAGGCAGAGGCAGAGGAAGGAGCUGUGUUUUCGGUGUUGCAGGAGCUACAGCUGUUGUCAUGGCGACAGCCGCAAUGUUACCAAACAGGCUUAAAAGCCUGAGCAAUAUGCUGAAGGGCACAAAAGUGAAGAGGAAUUGGGAAGAGGGAGGGCGAGAUGAGCUGAAGCGAAAGAAGCCCUUGUGUCUGGCCACUGUACCCCACCCCACCCCACUGCCCCCUCCUUGAAAGACUUUGCCAGGGGGAGCCAAUAUGGUGCCUCUCUCAAGAUGUUGCUGGAUUAUCAACUCCCAUCAGCCCUAGAGCCAGCAAGGCCCAGGGUCAGUGAUGAUGAGAACUGGAGACCAGAGACAUCCAGAGGGAGGGCACUACGUUGCAGACCCUUGGGCUAAGCCUUGGGGGGGGGGGACUCUAUAAUCUGAAUUCUGAGGUCCCUUUGUAAACCAGCUAAUUUUAAAAUGAGCUGCUUCACCAAAGAUGAUAUAGCAGCCUUCCUGGACAUUGGUGACCUCCAGAUGUUUUAGACUGCAUCAGUCCUGAGCACCAGCAAUGGUUUCUGGGGCUGACAGAAAACGGUAGGCCGAAACAUCUGGCUGGGGAAGGCUGUGGUACAUCUUGGGUUCUGGAUCCCAGUUUUGUUGAUGCUGAGCAGCUGAACAGUGUGAGAGCCUUCUGCCGGAGGGAGGCAGGUGAACUCUCUUCCUUCAUAUGCAUGGGAUGAGCAGAACCAAACUGAAUAUGUAACACUCCUGCAACACUCACGUUGGCCUCGUUUGCUCUCCUCCUAGGCAGUGCUAAGCUCCAGGAAGAUUCAGUAAACACACGAGACGUAACCGGCUGUGUUCUUAGAUAAAUAAGGUAUACUAUUCAUGUAUCAAAUCAUAAAUUUCAACGGAAGUAACUCAUAAAGUUCAACAAACGAACAAAGCAGAAGACCCAGUCAAUCAGAUCAUUCUCUAGUCAGUUCAUGCAUAAGGUCUAUCCGUGUAAUACAGUGGUACCUCGGGUUACAUAUGCUUCAGGUUACAGACUCCGCUAACCCAGAAAUAGUACCUCGGGUUAAGAACUUUGCUUCAGGAUGAGAACAGAAAUCAUGCUCCGGCGGCGUGGCAGCAGCAGGAGGCCCCAUUAGCUAAAGUGGUGCUUCAGGUUAAGAACCGUUUCAGGUUAAGAACGGACCUCCGGAAUGAAUUAAGUACUUAACCUGAGGUACCACUGUAGUGUCUAUUCCACCUGUCUGUUCAUAAGGUCCAAACAAUCCACAUGAAAGGUUGUAGCAGUUCCACAGAAUCCUUUCACAGAGUCUAAGACAAGGAUUUCCGGAAUAUAGGCCUUGUUUCGCCGUCCUGGGCUUCAUCAGUAGCUCAUAUGUGCUAUUACAGGACAGUGGAUCUUAUGGCAUAGUAGUAGCUACUACUGCUUUGCGGUCCUGUUCUAAUGCCGAUAUCCCUGUUCUUCCUCUCUAGGCCCUGAGUUUGCUCCACCUGCCUGCCCCUCUGCUCUGGGACAGCUGGGCAUAGGGCAGCCCAGAGGUUCAGCCCAAUAA